AUGUCUGCGUUUGGUGGAAAAAAGGGGGGAAGGGGGAGAGGCUGCCGCUUCUACGCCCGUGCUGGAGCCGUGAUCGACAAGCAAGGACAAGCUUUCACCCGACAUGUCGUGGUGCAGGUGCUGAAGUGGCUGAGUGACCACGCAGCAGCGUGUGGCGCCAACGACACGCCCUGGGAGCAGCAGACCAACGUGGGUGACUCGGGGGCCCCCACAGCUGCGGCGGCAGCAGCUUCAGCCGCUCAGAGGCAGUUGCUGUGGGAGGUGCUGCGGCUGCUGGUGAAGCACUCGGAGGCCGGAAAAACGAAGCAGGCCAGAGGGUGGCUUAUGGGGCAGAGCAAAGAGGACCAGUCCGUGGAAUCUGACUUGCUGAAGCUGCUGCUGGAGCGGCGAAAUGCCCCGUUAAGAAAUGCCCAUAAACCUUAA